AUGGCAGACCAGGCACAGGCGCGCAUGCUAUCGGCAGCUUUUCCGACACCUCCACCAUACUACAAACACUUCACCAAGCAAAACGUCACCAAAGUCCGCCAGAUCCGCAAAGAGGCAGCCUCGAAUACCAACCAAAUCGAUGUGGCGUCGUUGCCGGCUGAGCUGCGCUACCUGAUCCCUCCUGAACCACCGGCUGAUGGAAAAUACAAGAGCUUCGGAGCACAGCAUGAUUUGGCGCAACCAGCACAAUCCUUGUCGCAAGCAGGAAUCCAAGAACUGUAUCCCACGGAUGUCGCUCACCUCGAUCCCACUCCUCACUUGCAGACCUUGACGCGCGCGGUCCUCCUAAAUUUCCUGGAACUGGUUGGCACAUUGUCUGUUAAUCCUACUCAAGGACCUGAGAAGGUGGAGCAUUUGCAGACGCUGUUUUACAACUUGCACGAUUUGAUCAAUCGCUAUCGUCCUCACCAAGCACGCGAGAGUCUGAUCAUGACCAUGGAGGAUCAGCUGGACAAGAUCAGAGCUCAGAUCAAGGGUGUCAACUCUGCAAAAGAUCGCAUGCAACAAGUCCUGGGCGACAUC